GGGGCGAAAAGAAGUUUCGGGGAUUAACGACGAGUCCAGUUUUUGAGUUUUAUUUAAAGACAAUGUAAGCGACACUACAGUGAAAACAACAGCGCCUUUCACAAAUCAAAAAGCGCCCUGUCGGAACUUUAAAUGGGUGUGACUAACUCCAAGUUCGGUUGCAUCGCAGCGCAUACACAAUGGCUGCUCGAAAGAGGAGAAAGCAAACAAUUUUCAGGCCCGCCGCGUCUCGCAAAAAAUAUGAGAAAAAAAUUAUUAAAAAUUCGGAAAAUAGUUGAAAGUGAAGAAAAACUCAACAGAAAGGAUGAUAAAGCGUCCGGGAACCCUGUGUCCAGGCAGUGUUGAGCACAUAAAACUGGACAGAAUAAUCACAUCAGUACUAGUCCGACGCCGUGCAUCGGUCCAUGUAGCUGGUCAGCCUUAGGGUGCCAUGGCCACGGGAACCCAGGGCCACCGUGACCAAGUCCUGGACAAAACAAAGCUUGCAGUACCUCUGGGGAGGCGCAAGAGAGCAGAAGGCAAGCUGAAGAAGAAUUUCCCUUGUCAGGAGUGUCAGAAAGCUUUCAACAGUCUGGAGAAGUUGAAGGUGCACUCAUACUCUCACACAGGAGAAAGACCCUACCGCUGCUCCCACCCUGAAUGCACCAAGGCUUUCGUCUCCAAAUACAAGCUGCUACGGCAUAUGGCAACUCACUCGCCAGAAAAAAACCACAAGUGUUCAUACUGUGAGAAAAUGUUCCACCGUAAGGAUCACUUAAAGAAUCACCUACAUACUCACGAUCCACACAAGGAGGCAUUCACUUGUCAAGAGUGUGGCAAGAGCUACAACACGAAGCUGGGUUUCAAACGCCACCUUGCCCUCCAUGCUGCCAACAGUGGAGACCUUACCUGCCAAGUGUGCCUGCAGCCAUUCCCCAGCACUGGGGUUCUUCUGGAACACCUCAAAACACAUGCUGGCAAGUCCUCCGGUGGGACCAAGGAGAAAAAACAUCGUUGCGAGCAUUGCGAGCGGCGGUUUUACACCCGUAAAGACGUGCGACGACACAUGGUAGUGCACACCGGACGCAAAGACUUCCUCUGUCAGUACUGCGCCCAGCGUUUUGGAAGGAAGGACCAUCUGACGCGUCACAUGAAAAAGAGCCAUGCUCGGGAACUGCUGAGGGUUAAAACUGAGCCAGGCGAUUUGCUGGAGCCCGUCGUCUACGACUUGGCGUCUGGGAGCGUAAAGGGGGAGCUCCCGGGAAUGCUGACGCCAAGACCGCACCAGCUGAACAUGUACACAGGCCCCGUCCUCGACACCGAGCCCUUCUCCAGUCCCACGCAUCCUUUUUCUUUAAAGUACCCACUGGGCUCCAACUUUACCUCAUACGCCGUGUCCUCACAGGAGCGGGAGCAGAAUCUUAAGGGAGACCUGGAGACCUACCUGAUGGAGCUUCAGAGCAGUAUGCCAUCUUCCGCCUCUGAAGCCCAAGAACCCCAACUCUCCUCCUCCAAACUUGAGUUGGUUCCUCAAGUGGGUGUGCUGGAGGAAGCCAAUGAGGAGGUGUCCCUGUCCAAAAUGUCCACAUCAGUAGCAGCACCCGCAGGCGACUCUUUGGCCUUAUCUUCCUCUCUAAUGGAUUUUUCACAGCUUUUCAACUUCCUGCCGCUCAACGGGCCUCCGUACAAUCAGGUAGGGGGCAGUGGGGGGCAGACCGUCACUUUUCUACCCAAUGAAGAGCCCGCAUCUCUAGUUCAGCUGCCCUCUCAGGCUGCCACGGGCUCAGAGGCUGCUGAGAGUCCACUUCAGGGGCUCUCCUCCUCCUUCAUAUCCAACCUGAGCACUCCAACCACACUGCCCCGCUUCCACCAGGCUUUCCAAUGACCCCAGUAAAUCUGGCACAUGCCACUCACAAACACUGACACACAUGUAGAGUUGCAUGCCCAUAUUAAAUGCCAUACAAGAUGCAAGUGACCCACGACUGAAGAAAUUGGCACAUCUGUCCAUUUAUGAUACCAGCAGACACUAACCUCACAGGAGACACAGCACUGACAGCAGCACACUCACACCAUAGAGCCAGGUCAGCUUUCUAAUGAGGAGGGUUUGUUUUGGGGCAAAUGUAAAUUAUUCUCUUUUAGAGACUUUUUUUUUGCCUUGGGCAAUUUAAAAAAGAAAUGAAUAAAAUCCUGAUCUGUCCUUGAUUACAGAGACCUCAGAUGCAUGCUGGUUACCAUAUGAAGCAGUCAUAUGCUCAGACUCACAAAGAAACAAACCAUUCUCUGUGUAUCUCAUUAAUAAGCUCAAUGCAAACAUUAAAGGGCUACUUUGCAUAAUAACAUGAACAGAGCUGACUGACACUGAGAUGAUUUGGAGUUUUGACAGUUUUCACAUGGAUAAGUGUUACGGCUGAGACAUUUGAUUGGCUUGGGUAUACAUCGCAUAUAGUUCUUCAUAUAGCACUUUGGAUUUUCUGGUCUUCAAAGAUCAUUAUGUGUGAUAAGAUUUAAAGAGCAUCUGUAGUUUUGAGGGUUUCUGUUCAGGAGCCAAAGUAUAACAUGAGGUUCUUGGCAGCCAUGAUGGUUCAUUUAUUUCUAAUUACAGUAGAAAUUAACUUUUCUUUUUUGACUGUACUUGAGUGAGCAGCCAGGUGCUUUACUGUGUCAUACAGUUGCACCGUCAGUAGUAAGACCAUGUGCUCAGCGCGUGGGAUUGGCCAAAGCCCAGUUUCAGCCAUAGGCUGUAUAAAACGUGGACUCCAGGUCUGAAAACUGAAGCCAGUGCAGAAGUGCCUUAAACCUGCAUCUUAAAUGACCAACAGAUGGUGAGAUCUGUGUUUGCAGUAACUUCUCUUCCUCUGAGCUCUUCAUCUGUGCUCUCUUUCAAAAAACUCAGCUUUGAACUUUGUGUUCAGUCAACUUCUGUUUCUAUGAUCUGGCACUGUGUUGUGAAGCGCGGUGUGAUGUUUGUCCUGAUAGGUGCCAUAGAAAAAAACUGUAACUGUGUUCUGGUUCUAUAGAUGUGGAAAACCUGAAUCUCUGUGACGUGACAUCUGUAAAGACUUCCUGCUGAGUUUUAUAUGCUCAGUUACUCAUUUCAGGUUGCAUUGAAUUAAAAUAAUAACAGUAUUGUGUUUUCAAGGAUUAUCUGUGAUAUGCUUAUUGACUAAAGGCGUGUGAUUCACAAGUUGUUAGCCAAUGAACACGUGGCUUCACUGUCAGACCUGGCCCUCUGUCACAUCCAGCCCUUUGGAUAGCUGUGUCCACCUUUUAUACUGUCUGUAGUUUCAACUGUUCCUGAGCUUACUAUCAGCACGUAGUGAAGUUAUGCCAGUUGGUAGUCUGUUGGAAGGUGGGAAGCAGGUCCAGUCUUAUUAGAGCACAGUUUGCUCUCAGAGCUCAGACAGGAAGUUGGCAGAACAGUAAAAACAUGUAGUUGAUGGAUCCAUUAAAGUGGUGGUUCAUUCACACUAUUACACAAAAUACAAAGUAUGAAUUACUGAGGAGCAGUAUUACAGUUGUCCAUCAAAGUUUACAUUUAACUUUAUCAUUUAGGGUUGCCUACAUUUCACAGCAGUACCUUCAUUUUUAUUAAAAAAAGCAAACAUUUCUUUCUCACAGAGUUUCAAAGUUGUGCCUUACAUUUAAAUUUGCCAGUGUGCCUCUGGCUGCUGAAAGCAGAUCCAUCACUUACCUUUGUAAACAUUCACAUGUUUUUAUCUUAACUGUUAUCAGCUGUUCUAGAAGUCGGUCCUUUGGACUUACCAGAGUUUCUGCGUUGGUUACCUGUAAUCUGUGGUCUGAUCACAGUUUCCACACUGACAAUCCAGUAACAGCAGGAAGUGAAUUUUUGGAUGGGUUAUCAGAAAAUGACCAACAGUGACACAGUCCCAUCCACAUGUCGCCCACCCUCUCUGUCAGGGUCUGUGCUAUCUGUGCUGCUGAAUACGGUGACCUUUGGGGGUCAAAAAUAGACCAUUGUGUGGUAAAAAAUUUGUUUCCAUAAUCGGUAAAGUACAGUGGUACCGCAGUGGAGCGUUUCCUGGAUGCUGUCGCCGUCCCUUCAGUUGUUACUGUAUAAAGUUCUUCUUGUCUUUUGCACAGACUAACCUGACUCUAGGCUGUGAAAUUUAAGUGAUCCAUGUUUCCUCAGUAUCGGGUAUCUAAGACCUGAGGCGGCAAAACGGCCCUAAACCAUGAUAAUAUUUCCAUCAAGUAUUUUCAGCUGCUUCCUUAUUUCCCAGGGGGCUGCCACAGCAGAUGGACCCACAUGUUUCAUUUGGCACAAAUGGCACACUGCAUCCACUGCCUGAUACAACCUUUCCAUUUAUCUGGGACGGCCACUGUGCAAGGUUUGACCACCAGAGACUGGUUUCUCCCAGUCUCAAACCAGUUUCAUGUGUAAGUGAACAUGUUAACCACUACAACAUGACUGAUUGAUAAUUAUGACAUACAGAGAGAUCAGACCACAUGUUGAGUAUUCAACACAGAAAUCCUGGGAGUAUCAAAUGUUACCAUAAAACUGCAGUCAUUUUAAUGUUUUUCCCUUUGACUGACAUUCAUCCUCACAUCUUACAAAUAAUAAGGUCCAAUUCAGUCAUUUAAAAUGUUAACAAAGCAACCUUUACAAUGUGCUCUACCCGUGGACACAAAGUGACAUCAGACACAGGUGAGAGCUAAACACACUGCUGAUACAACACAACAGGACUCUGAAUGAACUUACUGUGACAUGAAGGCUUUUUGGUUUUUAUUGUUACUUUGUCACAUCCUGGCUGUCAUUCCAUUUUUAAAAAGACUGUUGUCAUCGAGCAUUUUUGAAUUUGUGAAACUUGAAGGGAACGUUGUUUCACAGUGUUGUGCAAACCCAGCAUCCCCUGGACAACCUUUAAAAUAAUUACAGCUGACAAAUAGAUCAGUUUGAUGGUCAAGCAAUUGUCUAAAACUGCAUUAUCAGAUAUUAGUCAUACAUUAGUCUGCACUGACUAAAUCUAUGAAUAUCUGAGCACUAAAACACAAUCCUGGAAGACGUGGCUGUGUUUACUAUGACACAGUGUGUGAAAAUAACUGAAAUACUGUUUAUAAGUACAAAGGAAACUGCUCAGUUGGAUUUUACUGCAGUGCUUAAAUGGUCUUUACAGUCUUUUCAGUUCUUUGACAUAGCACUGCGUUAUUCCUAAAACCUGCCCUCUGAGGUCAAAAUCUGCCUACAGGAUGGUAGACUGAAGCAGUUCUGCUCCUCUAUGAGAAUGAUAGUUCAAAUGAAAGGAUUUACAGCACUGGUCCUUGACGUCAUAGAUCGUCAUAUAAAAAACAUGUAACCACACAGUGGUUUUCAUUCAUGUAGAAACUUCAAAUACUAGAAAAAGAAAGUCAAAUUGUCUUGAGGGGUAGAUGUUAAGACAUGGAGUGUUACUGGAUCUUUAAUUAUAACGAUUUUGAAUUGUUCACUAUUAAAAGGUGGUUUCUUUAAAUUCUUUGAUCAAAAGGAUGACUUCUCACAGAAUGGGCUGAUGUGGUUGAUGCUUGGUCAGAAGCAGUAAAGGCAGGCAGCGAGUAGUAACUCUGCCUCAGAUGGACAGUUCCAGGUGCGUAAAUCAGCCUACACACAGGGCGCAUUUAAAACCUCGUUCUCAGUCAGCGUGAUGUUGUUCAGAUGAGCAUCAGAUCUCAGCUGUUCGCAUGAACAAGAAGCGUUCCAGUCAUAUAUAUCAAACACAGGUGAUGCAUUAUAGUCCAUGUUAGCUGUUGGUUCUCUUGACAUUUGGAGUGAAAGAUGCUUAAAGAUCUCAAUAAAUGGAUAAGAGCUCAGCUUGUGCCAGCUUGUAAACACACACUGAAGCAUCACGGUUUAGGAUUGUAGACCGCACAGUAACUAUGUGACAACAUGAACUCGUGCUGCUGGCAGACUUACGUGGCCAGACAUAUUCAUCUGUAAUUCUUGGUUUCAUUCAGGAAUCAUUCAUGUCUUACUGAAACUGAAUGCAUUGAUGGUGUGGAACAUAGCUGGCAGUUGGCUCCAUGUUUGUGUCCAGUAUGAAGGAAGCGCCGUACACCCCAUGGCGUACUGGUUCCAGUUACAGUGGUGAUGUGUAGACAGAGAAACACUGAGCGAUUACUUUUGAUGCGAGUUUGACGGCACUUCUCGUGGCUGUGGGGUUAGGGUACGUCACCACUCGUCACUUUGACUUUGUGCUUUGGACAGAAUUUCUCUGAGGUUUUGUGUUUUCGUUGGAAUAAAGAUUUCUUCUUCAUGGACAUGUUUCCGAUAAUGGGGGAAAUGUAUGUAUUUUGAAUAAUGCCUGUGUAUUUGUGACCUUGACUACAUUGACAUAUCCAAACCAUAUUAGGUUGUAUGUUACUCUGUCACCAAAGUUUGGGCCACAGCAAACUGACAGGUGGGAAAGUGUUCCCAUCCCACACAGAAUCUACUAAACAAGCAUUUAGUCUUGUUUAAACUGCUGUUCCCAAGGUCAGUAAUGAUGGUUCAUGCUCAUCACUGUGGCUUCUGUUGUAAAUGAGACAGUAUAUAUAGAGAGUUUCAUAUUUCUUGCAGCUGGAUAUGAAUUAUUUUUCGUUUUGGUUAAAGUCUUUUUUUAAACCCUGGCAUCAAACAGUUACAGUAAAGAGUGACAAGUCUGUUUCAUGUUUGUUGCUUUCACCACUUCCACGAGCGUCAGUCACACCUGCACCUGAAGGUGAAUAGAUCAGAUUUAGUGCGAUAGCGUCAACACAUUCUUGUAUAGUUUGACUCCAUGUACCUGUGUCCAUGCCCUGCCUGCAGUGGUCUGACAGUCACUGCCAUAAACAAAUCUUAUUUCAUCCAGUGAACCUGUUUGGACACCUGAUCCCCUUUGAAGAGCUACUGGGCUGCGCACUCUACAGAAAAUGUGAAUUUCACAGAAAUUGAGUCGUCACUUCCCUUCCACCACAUAGGUUAGCAUUUCCACACAUGUGGUGACUCGUCUGAUGCCUGUAUAACCCAAUAGUGUUAUAAUUUACCUCACUUUUCUUCUUUGAGCUCCAAAAUUCUGAAAAUAAUGACACAAAGUUCCCUGUCUCCUUUGUGAGUGACCAGAGAUGAACACGAAUGGAAACCAUAUUUUUGUAGGUUGUGUGAAAUGUGGAACUGAAUUCUGAAUGUUCCCAACCUUUAUGGAAGUUUGCUCUUUGGAUCUUGUGAAUGUUUGUGGUUUUACAAGAGAUGUUAGCAAGCCGCUAUUUUUAUUAGCACUUUUUGUAAAUGGGAUGCGUUUAUUUCCUGCAGCAUCGAGUCUUUUAUUACAAAUGUAUAGAUUCUAUAUUUAGCUCUUUUAGAGAACAAUAACAUGUAAAUACAAUAUAAAUGUUUUAUUUUUGCAGGUACAAUUUUUGACAGUGUUUUUCCUAUAAAGUGUCAUUUUUGCUUUACUUGCACAAUUGCUCUGUGUUUCUCAUUGAGGGCUCUUGCUUUGCAGCUUUGUUUGGACUUAAUUGGUCUCCUUUGACCGUUGGUACGCUGGUUUAAGUCAGAAUGCACCGUAGUGAAGCUGAAACGAAGCUACUUAAUAAUAUCACUGUGUCACAGAGUGUUUAGAUGUCCAAAAAUAAGAUGUGUCCAAUAGCUCCAUGAGUGUGUCCUCUUCUGUCAUUUUUACACCUCGGUGUGAUACAUUACUUGAUUUCCUCGUGGUCGCUGUCUGAAAGCUGCAGCUAGCUACACAUGUGAUGUAUAACUCUUAUGGACUGUACGACAGAUUCCAGGUACAGAGAAGCAAUAACAGUGGAUCAAAGCUGAUUACAAGUAUUUUAGAGAGAGUGUGUGUGUGUGUGUGUGUGUGUGUGUGUGCGCGUGUGUGCGUGCGCUCUGUCCUGGUACGUGCUGAGGCAGGAGAUGCUCUUCAAUGAGAGGCACAGACCUUUAGCAAUUCAAACUUCUUUAUAAGCUUCAAUGGUACCAGUGAACUUUAUUGAAUGUUAUGAAAAAACACUGCAAUAUAUUUUGGUAUUGGAUCAAGCUGCUAACAUACUUCUAAA